ACUCUAAGAGACGGAAGUGCACAGUGUGUCAAAAUGCAUUUUCCUUGUGGGAUAGUUUUGCUCCUGUUUUUAAAUCUGGAACUAGUGAAUGCAGCGGCUGCCCGUGCGUGUCAUGGUCAUCACUGCACGGUUCCAGGUCACGAGGAGGCCGAGGGCGGCAUAUUGAACUUACACAUGCACUACAACGACGACCUGUGUCUCGAGAUCCUCCUCAUCGACUGCGGCCAUCACGUGACACCAAACGACGAGAUCAUCUGCGGCUCGGACGGACACGAGUACCCAGACCAUUGCCACUUCGCCCACAAGCGGUGCGAGUUUCUUCAUUCGAGCCACAAGCUCAAGGUGGCGAACCAUGGACCCUGUGCAACAAUCGCCCCACCCACCACGGCCGUCAUCACAACCGAAAACUGGGUUCCCACUGACGUUACGACCACGGCUACGACCGUUGGAGGCGUGACGACUUCGACUGACUCCUCGACCACUGGUGCAGAUGGCGGUACCACAACACAGACUACUACAACGACCAUUGGCACCACCACCGACCCCUUCUACAGCAUCAUGCAGAAUGUUUUCUGCAUGAACGUCUACACAGUACAAUGUCACACCGAGGACUUCCACAUUAUCUGUGGCUCAGACGGAAACCUGUACCCUAAUAAUUGUGAGCUUUCCAAGGCGAAAUGCCAUGACCACACCCUAACAAUUGUGGACCCGUCUAACUGUACCAUAUAGAAGAAACAUUAAAACUGUUCAAACCUUG